GUUGUAUCAGAGUCUCAAGGCAGAAGCUACCAAUUGCUUCCAGAAAAUGGCAGGGAGAAAAGUCCUGAUAGUCUACGCACAUCAAGAGCCCAAGUCCUUGAACGGAUCUUUGAAGAGGGUUGCUGUGGAAGAACUGAGCAAGCAGGGCUGCAGUGUCAUGGUGUCUGAUUUAUAUGCAAUGCAGUUCGAGCCAAGAGCAACAAGAAAUGACAUUGUUGGUUGCUUGCACAACUCAGAAGAGUUCAAUUAUGGUGUGGAGACACGGGAAGCUUACAAGAGAGGAGGUUUGUCUGAUGAUGUGAUUGAAGAGCAAAAGAAGGUGCAGGAAGCAGACUUACUGAUUUUUCAGUUUCCCUUGUAUUGGUUCAGCAUGCCAGCAAUCAUGAAGGGCUGGAUGGACAGAGUCUUGGUCCAAGGAUUUGCUCACGAAUUUCCAAACUGUUAUGAUUCCGGUUUGCUCAAGGACAAAUUAGCCCUGUUUUCUUUCACCACUGGAGGAAGCAAAGAGAUGUAUGCAAAAGGAGGUAUCAGUGGUGAUAUUCGCUAUCUCCUGUGGCCCAUGCAGCAUGGAAUCAUGCACUUUUGUGGUGUCAAAGUCCUUGCGCCACACAUCUGCUUCGCUCCAGAGUACGUCUCUGAGAAGGAGAGAAAAAAGAUGCUCAUUGCCUGGGCCCAGCGUCUGAAGACUCUUUGGAAGGAAGAACCCAUAAACUGCUCUCCUGAGUGGUAUUUCAAGUAAUGUUCUGGUAUAGGACUACAGAGAGAAGAUUUUUUUUUUUUCUUCUCCAUUCUUCUUGGUGCUUUACCUCAAUAUCUGAAUGCUAAUCUCCUAAUUUGAAUGUAUUAUAAGUAUCUUGAGUACUACAGCUAGCAGCUUAACUGACAAUAUAGCAUUUAUCUUCAUUGAUUCCUGAGGGAUUCUCUUCAAUGAUGGGUGCAAAACUAUUUGUGAAG